AUGACGACAUAUCAACCAUUACCUACGUCCGAUUCAUCUUCUUCCUUCCCACCAUCUCAUUCAGAGCCAUUACACGAGACAGAUCCAUCUUAUCGACCAUUACGACAAUCGGUUGAAGAUGAAUUCAACAGACCUCCUCCAUCAUGGUGGAAGAGAUCACUAUUAGUUCUUACGCUCUGUUUCAUGGCUUGGAUGAGCGUUUGGCUCGGUAGAAAAGGUUUAGGAACGGAUAAUUCAAAACCUACAAUUAUAUAUGCUAGCAGAUACUCUGAGGAACACAAGUACCGACCAGCCGCAUCACCCGUCAUAACCGAACAUCUACCUGGGAAUCGAAUUCGAUUGAGGGGAGCAUCAAUUGGCGGAGUCGGAAUCGCAGAAGAAGAUGUACCUUUAACUUCGGCUCAAAUAGCUGCCAGAGAUAAGAAACGAAGGGUAGAAGCUAAAAAUAAAGCUAGGGAGAAGAUGGGCUUAAGAGUUAAAAAGAGGAAAAAUUUGAAACAGCAAAAAGAAGAGGAAUGGGUGAAAGUUAGAGAAUUGGAAAAGAGGAUCAAAGGCGAGGUAUAG